CUGCCUUGUGUGUACUCGGUGGGGCGGGACCAGCAGCUGCAGGAGAUCGCGGCGCUCUUCAACAUGGACUGGAUCCUCUUGUGGAGCCUCAACGCCAAGGUGUUUCACCCGGACUAUCUGGUCUACAGCCAGCAGAACAUCAGCGUCGGGCACGUGUACAGGUCGGAGCUGGCGGACGUAGGGCUGGACGUGGUGGCGGCGAGGUUCGGGAUGACGCUGAGCCAAGUGGUGGAGAUGAACUUCAACCUAGCGGGUGCCGCGUUCCUGCCCAAGGGACAGCGAAUGUGCGUGGUGCCCAACUCGUGUAAGGGGAUGAAGCAGACGAUUUAUUCUUAACCGACGUGGAGCUGUAGAGGUACAAGUGUGAGGUCAGGGAGAUUGUAUGAUAAACGAAGCUGAGACU